AUGGAGUACGAGGAGAUUGCUCGACUUGAAGAUGUACAGACCGGCAGCAAAACCCUGGUUGCAGUGUUCAAUAGAGAGUCAUAUGAGCAAACAGGUGCGCCUGGCAUGGGCAACCAAGAACUUCAACUAGAAGCUAGAGUAGUAGGCUCGCAUUAUCUGGACAGACAAGUUUUGGCCAUCUAUCAACUAGAAGAGAAGUAUGAGCAGGCUUGCUGUGUUCCAAAAGCCGUUCGAGGCAUACUAUUCGGAUGGAAGACUGUGCUUCUCCACAUACUGCUAAACUUUCUAAAAAGCUCCAUGAUACCUAUGCAGAUGUUAAAACAGAUGGUGCCUAAGAAGUCUUCGCGUUCCCUUCGAGAACUACAGCAAUGUGUCAUAGUACACACGAAGUUGGACUUGGUAUAUAGAGUAAAGCCAUAG